UACGCGCAGUUAAUGAGCGUAUACGUGCGAUGAUUCAUUAUGAAUGGACACUGGGCGAUAGAUUUCAACUUUAACAUACGUGCAAAAAAACAUCUCUUUAUUCGAUACAGAUGAUCCGAUAGGUAAUUACUUAGCAAGUUUGCGAAACGAAUUGUUUGGUUAGAGUCAGAGGUACGAAAAUGUAAUCGCAGCAGUUACAUAUAAUACCUCUCCUACUGUGUUGUUGUAAAGUGAAGUGAUAUUCGGACCUAAGUAUAUCUAGAAGUAAUUUUACUAUGGAAAAAAAAAACCUGUAAAAAUGUUGGAAAAUGAUCGCCGUUUUUGUGGAUGUUCGCUUCAAACUGGAGCCACUGCUAUUGUAGUUUUUGAUGUGAUAUGGAAUAUCGUAUUUUGUAGUUUAUUGGCAAUCACAAACGGAAAAUAUUUCGAUAUUGUGGCACUUUGUUUGGUGUUAAUUGAGCUUUGUAUUGCUCCAAUUGCAUUCAUUGGUGUUAGAACGGAAAUAUCUCUAGCUAUAUUGCCCUUUUUAAUGUUGGAAUCAUUCAGAGUGAUUUGUCUCGGAUCGAUAAUAAUACUUUAUCCUACGUUGGAUAUUCCAUUACAAUUGAUACAUUUUAUCGCAUUUUUUAUCGUCGACUUAUGUUUGUUCGUGGUGAUGUGCUAUUGCUUCAAAGAAAUAAGAGAGAAGAAUUACUGCCGAGAAGCCGUCGUCAUUCACGAAGCUAUGCACUCGGGAAGAAGGAAGAUAAGUCGUUUAGGUUCAUCGCUAAAUAUGGAUAUGUUUACACCACCCAGAUCUUAUGAUAAUUUAUCCUAAAUUUGAGUGCACAAAAUACUUACUUAUCUAGUUUUUUCUUUCGACGAACAAAAAUAAUACUCAAGUAUUAGAAUGAUUCUUUUAUGCAUUUUUGUCAUUUGUAAAUUCAUGCUGAUGGGGUAACUUUAUGAUUUUUUUUUCAAUUUUAUACUUUGGCAAUACUUUGGCAAUGUUAUUCUAUUCUAUGGCAGAGAGGAAGGGGGGAUGUAAAUAAAUUCUUUAAAUCACCUUUGGAAUGGAUAUGUUAUUCUUGAGAUUUACUUAUUUUUCAGUAUAUUCAGUUGCGAUACCCCCUUCCCAAAGUUGAAUAUUGGGUACUUUCAUGUGUUAAAAAUCGUAAAAAAUUGUAAGCCCAGUUGUGCACUCACGUCAGUCAUGAAACAAAAUUCGAAAUAAUGAAAUUUUGUUAUUUUUUAAAAGUCAUCUUUAUAAGCAUAGGUAUAUAAAGUACCUACCUACCUACUUAAUUACGAACUUUAAAAAAAAAUUAGAUAUUGAGGUUGGUAUUUCUAAAACAAAAUCAAAUCAAAAUUAAAAACUCAAUCGAUCAUUAUGUUAUUCAUGAUAAAUGAGCUGAUUUUAGUCUAGUUUUUACUACAUGUACCAAGGUAUUACCUACCUGUGAUUUUUUUUUUUUAAUAAAAGCUUUCGCGUUUAAGAAA